AGAAACUCGGCGACGCUGGGGGAGAACUAGGGUUAAGCUUGAAUCGUUGGCUGUCAGGAAAUCAUCGGAGUCACAAUGAUCUACGACGUUAACUCUCCUCUUUUCCGAUCCUUCCUAAGUCAGAAGGGAGGCUCCUCAGACAAGAGGAAAGUGGAAGAGCAGAAACCAAAAGAACAGAAACCCAAAGCCAAUGAGAACAAACCUGUUAUGACUGAAUGAAACAGCUUCACUUGCAUUUAGAAAUACAAUGUGAGAGUGUUUUAAGUGGUUGUAAUGGUGAAUAUGGCUGCUUUGGAAGCUUUUAAUGUUUUGACCUUAUUGUAUUGAAUUUGUGAACAUGUUUUUGUGCAACACUUAGAGUGAAGAUUGUCGUCUAGAUUAAUCUGCUUUA